GCGAGCAGAGAGCACAUCGAUCCUUGCCGGUAUUUUCGUAUUUGGUUAGUUCGAAAUGUGAAAUCAUCACGGAGAGGUUAAUUGUUAUCGAAAUUUCAAGUGAAAAAUAUGGAAUCCAGUGAUUUACUCAAUUGUGCCAUUAGAGUGAAACAGGAGGUUAGUCAUGUCUCGCUUGUUGAAAAUGAUAAUGAAAUGAUUGACGAGAAGCCCGAUCUUAGUAACUUUCAACUGUUAUCAUUUUCACCAGAAAAUUCAAACCAUACGCUUCAAAAAUGUGAAGAAAAUCAAGGAAGUAAACUUGAUAAUGAAGUGGAAAUAGUUGUUGAAUGUGAAGACGUCAAGCCCAACUUUGAUUUAUUAGCAGUGAAGAAAAUUGACGAUUAUUCUCCAAAUCACUUGGGGAAUGUAAUUGAUAGCGAUGAUAAAACUCUAAACAUUAUUAAAAUAGAACCCCCUGGGGAAGUGAAAAAAGAAAUUGUUUGUAGCAUUGCUGAAGAAUCGAAUUUGAGACUUGAGUGUGAACUCAUUGGACGAGAUAAAAAAAACAGAAAUACAAAAAAGGCUGACGAUCAAUAUAAACUCAAAGCACAGAUUGAGACGAUGCAUAGCAAUAGCAUCCACGCGUGUAAAGUUUGUGGAAAAACAUUUAAACGAAAGGAUCAUCUCAAAUACCACAUUGAUGCGGUGCAUAAUGGUAUCGCACAUACGUGUGAUAUAUGCGAGAAAAAAUUCACAAGUAAAUGUAAUCUUAAGGCCCACGUGAAUAACGUGCACAAUCGUAUCAGAUAUGAAUGCGAUGUAUGUGCAAAGACAUUUUCACAUAAAUAUUAUCUCAAAGCACACAUCGAUUCAGUUCAUAAUAAAUUUGCACCAAAAUGCGAUAUAUGUCACAAGACAUUCACAUCAAAGGGUAAUCUCCGAAACCACAUCACAUCUGUGCAUGAUAAAAUCACUCAUAGAUGUGACACUUGCGGAAAAAAGUUCAUGUAUAAGAGCAGUCUUAAAAUCCACAUCGAUCGGUUUCAUAAUGGUAUCACCCAUAUGUGUGACACAUGCGGAAAAAAGUUCAAGAGUAAGGGCAAUCUUAAAAUCCACAUUGAUGCGAUGCACAAUGAUGUCGCAUAUACGUGUGAUAUAUGCGAGAAAAAAUUCACAACUAAAAGUAAUCUUAAGGUCCACGUGAAUAACGUGCACAAUCGUAUCAGAUAUGCAUGCGAUGUAUGUACAAAGACAUUUUCAAAUAAUAGUGAUCUCAAAAAACACAUCGAUUCAAUUCAUCGUAAACUCGCACCAAAAUGUGAUAUAUGUCACAAGACAUUCACAUCAAAGGGUAAUCUCCGAAACCACAUCACAUCUGUGCAUGAUAAAAUCACUCAUAGAUGUGACACUUGCGGAAAAAACUUCAUGUAUAAGAGCAGUCUUAAAAUCCACAUCGAUCGGUUUCAUAAUGGUAUCACCCAUGUAUGUGACACUUGCGGAAAAAAGUUCAAGUAUAAGACCAGUCUUAAAAACCACAUCAAUCAUUUUCAUAAUGGUAUCACCCAUAUGUGUGACACAUGCGGAAAAAAGUGCAAAUAUAAGAGCAAUCUUAAAAUCCACAUUGAUGCGAUGCACAAUGAUGUCGCAUAUACGUGUGAUAUUUGCGAGAAAAAAUUCACAACUAAAGGUAAUCUUAAGGCCCACGUGAAUAACGUGCACAAUCCUAUCAGAUAUGAAUGCGAUGUAUGUACAAAGACAUUUUCAUUUAAAAGUGGUCUUAAAAAACACAUCGAUUCAAUUCAUCGUAAACUCGCACCAAAAUGUGAUAUAUGUCACAAGUCAUUCGCAACAAAUGCUACCCUCAAAGUUCACAUCUAUACGUUGCAUAAAGGUAUCAUCCAUAAUUGAAUGCAAUGUUUGGAAGAUUAAUCUAGAAAAUGUUCAACUACAAUAAUAUCAUUAUUUCCUUCAAUGUUAUAUCAUUAUGUAAAAACAAUGUUCAAGUUUAAAAAAAUAAAUAUGUUUUUGAAGAAAAA